AUGUCUGACGAGAACACCAAGUCCGUCGUCGACGAGACGCCCAUCACCCACCCCGCCGGCGAGCGCAAGAACUCGCUUGAGGCCCACCUCCAACACCGUCCCGAUCGCGCCGAGUUGGUCGAGAAGAAUAUCUUGCCCGCCUCCAACGCCGCGCCUAGCUUGAUCGCCCACCAGAAGGAGCUUGAGAAGCACAUGCGUGCAGACUCUCUCAACGACAAGAUCUCCCACCGCCCUGCCCCCGAAGACCUCAUCAAGGAGGGCGUGCUGAAGGAGGACCCCCGCAGCGCCGACGACAAGUAUGCCGAGGCCAUCGAGGACGAGUACGCCAAGCGUGAGGGUGGCGCGUGA